GUUCAAGUCAAUCAAAGAGAGAGAGAGAGAGAGAGAGCAAGUAAUGGAGGAAGAGGCGAGAGCAAUAAAAAAGGGAAGUAGGGUUUGUCUGACUGGAGCUGGUGGAUUUGUGGCUUCGUGGCUUGUUAAACUUCUCCUCUCUCAUGGCUAUCAUGUCCAUGCGACUGUCAGAGAUCCAUGUGACAAGAAGAAUUCACAUUUGAAGAAGUUGGAAAAUGCCAUGGAAAACCUUCAACUCUUCAAGGCCGACUUGCUUGAUUAUGACUCGAUAUUAGCGGCAGCUGCAGGAUGUGAAGGAGUCUUCCAUGUAGCAUCUCCUGUUCCAACAACCAAAGUGCCUAAUCCAGAGGUAGAACUUAUUUCUCCUGCUGUGACGGGUACUCAGAAUGUGCUCAAGGCUUGCUCUACUUUGAGAGUUAAGCGUGUUGUUGUGGUGUCUUCGGGUGCGGCUGUGAUAUUGAACCCACACUGGCCAAAGGGAAAGGUUAUGGAUGAGGAGUGUUGGUCAGACCCGGAGCACUGUAGGAUGACUGAGAACUGGUAUUGCCUUUCAAAGACACUGGCAGAGGCUGACACUUUCAAGUAUGCAAAGGAGAAUGAUCUUGACGUUGUCACUGUUUGUCCAUCAAUGGUUCUUGGACCAAUAAUGCAGCCCACUCUGAAUGCUAGCACCUUGUUUCUCAUCAAUAUUUUGAAAGGGCUCCGUGAGUCAAAGGAGAAUAGUCUCUACCAUACGGUGGAUGUUCGAGAUGUAGCCGAUGCACUGCUCCUUGUGUAUGAGAAACCAGAAGCAUCUGGGCGGUACAUCUGUGCAAGCCAUCCAAUCAAGAUCAGAGAGCUCAUUGAUACUUUGAGGAGCAUAUAUCCUAACUACAAUUACCCAAACAACUUAACUGAGGUGGAUUAUGGUCACCUUGUCAGUUCAGAAAAGUUAAAGAAGUUGGGAUGGAAAUGCAGGCCUCUCAAAGAGACUCUCGUUGAUUCGGUUGAGUCUUAUAAAGAGGCAGGCCUCUUGAACAACUAAAGAUGAUGCUGGUUUUCAUGCAUGUUGUAAAACACUAUUAAAUUAGCUUGAAACAUUGCAGUGCAUUUGCAAUGGUCUGUUCUCAAUAUCUGAGGAACCUUGCUGCUGUGAACAGUCCUUCAAUAAACAAUUCUAUGUUAUGAGCAGUUAUCAGUAAAAAGUCAUAAUA